GUUGCUGUCCUUCCCAGUCGGUUCCUCGCUUUUUCCCUCGUUGCACUUGGGGUUCUUGGUCUGAAAAUUCUCGCGCUGAAGGGUCAACCAGCCCAAUCAGCUCGUCACUUCCUGUCCCCUCCUCCUUUGAUGGCAAAACCAGGUUACUGAGACAGUACAGCUCCCUCUAGCAAACCUAGGGCCGUGUACAUAGUGCCCGUCCACCUUUCUGAUGACGUCUGCCUCCGCGCACAAAGAUGAGAUGGGCAUUGCUGCCUACACCGACGGCCUGGAGGCUCGCGCAUCCGCACUUUUGAACCUGACGCACCAGUGCCGACCCAACUCCACCACUACGCACGCCUCGCGGCGGGUGCGCCGCAGCAAGGAGGUAUCGGUCCCUUGA